UUUUUGAAAUUUUAUUAAAAGAGGUUAAAUUACGAAAAUGUCAAUAAAAUAUUUGAAUUUUAAAUAAUUUAAGUGAAGUAGAAUUUAAAGUGGCUUAUAUGUCAUAUUAAUUUAUAAAUAAAUAUAUAUUUAAGUAAAACACGUGUCAGGUAACUGGAGAGUUUCUGAAAUUUGAUAAAAUAUAAUUGUAUGAAAUUAGAUAAUUAAAUUUGAAAAUGAGGACGUUGAUGAGAUUUGUAAGACAGCUGAGGAAAUUGAACAGAGUCAGCUGGAGAGUUAAUCAGCCACGGCUAGAAGUUCCUGGCAAUGAUCGGCGGAAUUGUUUUCGAAAUUUAUCGAGGAGCUACAUGUCGAUGGCAGCGAAGCCUACGAUGUCUAACAUCUACAAUGACAAGCUGUUCGAAAAGAUUGAAAAUCAGUUGAGAAAUGGGGAACGAGUUGACAAAAAUGAUAUUCAGCAGUUGCUGCUGGACAUCCAGACCUCGGGGACGGUUUCUAAUGUUGAUGCGCUGAUGUUAAUUCAGAGCUGCGGCAAGCCGUUGAUUGACGCUGAUUCUAAGGAGAGCAUUCAGUUGGUACAAGAUGUCUGGGAUACACUGGAGAGUUUGAAUAUCCGGAUAGACGUGUCUCACUACAACGCUCUGCUGAAUGUUUAUUUGGAAAAAGACCAUGAAAUUUCAUCAGCUGAAUUCCUGUCGAUCAUGGCCGACGGAUAUGUGGAACCAAACCGCGUGACCCUUCAGCGACUGAUAGCUGCCGACUGCAAGCAAGGUAACAUCGCGGGAGCGACUAAAAUUAUGAAGCAAAUGAAGCAAAGAGGUCUGGCAUUGUAUGAAGAAAUUUUCAAUUUACUGAUCAUCGGACACAGUCAAGCCGACGACAUGACCAACGCAGUUAACACGUUGAAAAUGAUGGAGAACGCUGGGAUCAAUCCAUCUGCUGACACUUACACGGCUCUGAUGUGCGCUUAUGCUAAACGAGGUGACAUGGACUCUAUCAAAGCGACUUUUGAUGAGAUAGAAAAAACUGGAAUUACUCUUCUUGAGACACAUUACAUGGGGAUAAUCUACGCUCUGGCAGCUAAUGGUCAUUCUAGUCAAGCUGAAGGAUUAGCAACCCGGUUGCCUGAUGAAAUUGGCUCGGACAUGGACAUCUGCCGGCUGCUAAUCAAGCUGAUCAACUUAAACCAACUGGAACUGGCACUAAGGUUACUCAAAUCAUCAACAAAGAAUCCCGCGAGACACAAAAAACGCUGUCAAUAUAUAACAGGAGCUCUGGUGAAGACCAGAGUCAAAGUAGAAAAUGUAAUUCGCGUCUGCGAGUUCAUGGAAAAGGAACAUCUUCACUCCCACGCUUUCUCCUCCACUGUCUACGACUAUUUGAUCACAGCCACUGACUCAACUGCCGUAAUAGAGGUAAUGAAAGCCUGGUCUAAAGCCGGUGGGGAGAUACGCGACCAUUUCUUCUGGCCAUUGCUCGUCACCGAAGCCAAGGCGAAUAAUAUUGACGGCAUGUUCGAUGUGUUGACAUGCAUGAUCAAUGAUUUUAAAAUAAUUCCUUCGCUGAGCACACUCAGGGAUUACACGAUUCCCUACAUGUUUGGUAACAUCGAGGAUAUCAUUAACAGACUGACCCCGUUGGGGAUUCCUCGCGACAACAUUCUGACGGCCAUUGCCGAUCGUCUUCUAAUCGAAAGAAAAGUAAGGAAUGCUGCCAUCAUGAUGACAACCUUCCCGACAAAUUACCCGAAGGAUUUGUUUAUAAGACACCUGGUGGAGACUUUGAACGUCAAAGAUGACGUGAAAUCAUUUUCAGUCAUAAUGAGACUCCUGUCCAAUGAUUCCGACCUAGAAAAUUCUAGUAAUUCUUCAACGAUCGCGGACACUGUUCUGCGUGAAGUGAUGGAAGUAGUACCGGAUUACCGACCCAAUGUAAUGAUAAGUCUUCUUCAAGAGUUACAGGUAUCGGGGAUCAGCAUCUCUACCCAGACUGGGGAUGAAGUUAAAAAAUAUCUAGGUGACAGUGUGAACAUCGAUGUUGACGAAUUGCUUCUCAAGUUAACCUCGGGUACUCUCAUCGAGGUGCCUCUGUCUCAGUACAAUCCUUACUUGACUAGGAAAUAUACCGAGCAGAAGGAACCGGUAUCUACCAUCCAAGUUGCUGAAUUGAGAGAAGCAUUCAAUCGCAGCGUUGUGAAACGAGAUCCUGAAGGUGUCGCCAAAACUUUGAACCAACUGGAAGCUAUUGGGUACAUAUCAGCACCAGUUCUAGCUCAAGCCAUUGACAUCUUCUGCGAGCAAGAAAACCUCGAGGCUGCUGAGAAGUACAUGGACAUAUUCAGCGACCAAUUACCCGGGUCCACGCUAGACCUGAGGAAAAUCGUGAGAUUCGUCGAGUUGCUCAUCAAGAAGGAUCGCUUUAAUGACGCCGUCAUGUUCCUCAGCAAACAACCGGAAGCAGAAGGCAGCAUAAGAUUUUCUCGCGGGUUCAUCACGUUCGUCCAGUCACUUCUGGAAACUACUUUGAAACGCAAAGACCUGCAGGUCACCUUCCAGAUGUUCGAGCUACUCAAGGCGAAAAAGUAUCUAGAGCCAACCAUCAACUUGCUAGGUUCCUUAGUCAAGUUUUGCCUGGAUAAUAAUGACAUCAAAACGGCUGUGGAGAUUUUUGAACGUUCCAUCAAAGAUUACGGCUGUGCUCCAUCCAGGAACAAGCUGCUCGUGGCUAUCAUCCAGGCUGAUGACCAAGUUAAUCUACAAAAGCUUACAAAACUUAGUGACGACCUGCACGGCAAGGGCAAUACAAAAUUUAUUCUAGCGGUGGCGCAUUUGAAUGCCGGCAAAAAGAGCCAAGCGAAAAAAAUUCUCGAAUCUCCAGGUCUACAGAUCCACGACAAGCCACUCCAAAUAGCUGUUGAACACUUUGUUAAAUAUAAUAAACUCUCUGAUCUUGAAGUAUUAUUUGAGUUCACGAAAAAUACCACCCGGGUAAACCGCGGCAUCAUAUACGAUGGGUUGUUGCAGAUGUACAUCGCGAAGAAUGAUUGGGAGCAAGGUCUAGGAUUGUGGACGCAGAUGCAAGAAGACAAUGUAAUACUUAGUUCAAAUUUUUUAAAUAAAUUAGCUGACUUGCUUACAAGGAAUAAUAAACCAGUUCCUUAUGAUCGCAGUGACAGACAUCGGAGAUCUUAUUAAUUAAAAUGUUAUAUUUGUAUGAUAAUGAUUGUGUACAAAGUCUGUAAUUAAUAAAAACUGAGUAAGUUGAUUUUUAAAUUAUGAUGUUUUAUUCUAAUGUC